CUUUGCUUACUCCCGAUGUCUGUUCCGAUGCCGGCAACAAAGGCUACUUUGGCUACAGGAGAUAACGCCAAGGGGUCGAGAAACAACACACAAGGUAAAAUGGCAACAGGCUAUGCUCUUCCCUCCCUGACCACUGUAAUCUGUGGAGUAUUUACAGCUUACAUUAUCCAUUCUGCCUGGACCCUGGGACAGCUUUUCAUGCCACCAUCUUGUCCAGAAUACUCUGAAUGUUUACACCCACUUAUUGCUCAGGAACCAAAAUUUCAGCUCUUAGCCUUUACAUCUCAGAAAAAGAUGCCAGAAUAUGCUACAGACCUCAGACUGGUGCACAGGGUACAUCAAUUUGAUUAUUUGAAGGAACAAGAAGAGUUAGUAGAGGUUCUAAUACCUAAAAGAGUCAGAAACAAUGGCUCCUUAUAUCUUCAUAUAUUCUUAACUUCACCCUCAGUUGACCCAGAGGAUUGGGGUAGUGUUGUCAAAGAUGAUCUUGCUGUGUAUGCUAUGGCUCACCUUACAAGGUACCAUAUUCCUGAAGCUGCAACAAUUAAUCUACUUGGUGGAGAAGAGAAGAAGCAGAAAUCCCAAUCAGGGAGAAAAAGACCAGUCACCCACUUCCAGUCACUGGUAGUGUUUAACAUUCUUACUGAUCCUGUUAGUCUUCCUCGUAAUGCUGUGCCAUAUGAUAUAGGUCGCUCUCUCAGGUUGGAUUCCAAUGGACAGUACCUCCCAAUCCUGUAUGUGGAUAGUCUUAGUGCACGCUUAAGAGAUUUGGUGGAAGUAGAUUCUUCAAUGAGAGAGACAAACCUGACUCUAAAAUACAGUCCAAUAUCAUAUGGAAAAAUAAGAUUAUGGAUGCAGUUUGAAGCUGCACUGCAUCCUAUGGCACAUUUAGGAUUCACAGAUAAGGACUUGGAUGAAGUGAAGGGCAUUUUUCCAGAUAAAAACCUUUAUUCUUAUGUCUACAACAGCCUUCAUACUUUUGGGGAAAAAUCCCCACAGUUCGCUCAUGGAAUGCAAAAUUUGGGGUGGCUUUCCUCAUUAGAAGAAUGGUUUGAAGAGAUAGAGGAGAGAUUCGGAAGUUCACAUGAUGACAUGUCAUCAGCUCAUAUGAAUGAGGUGAGAAUUUUCCUGAAGGGCCCUAGGGAGCCAGGGGCACGGUACCCCCGAUUUAGUUACCAAGCCCACCCUCAAGGGGCCCCUGAGGGGUGGAGUUUUAUCCCCUAUAACCCGGGUUACCAUGGCCACCAGAUGCCCACUAUGUCCCCAACCGGGGCCAUACCCGAUCAAUCCCCUGCAAAUCACCCACAUGUCCCAACUGUGGCGGCCCAUAAUCUGUUCCCCUCAAAAUCUCCAAACUGGUCACAAGCGCACAUAAGUAUCCCCAAACCCUCAAGACCUAUACCCCCAAAUGUGUUCCAGGGGAAUUCUGAUUGCAUAAAGCAUUCGCAAAAAAAUGCAGCCUGGAACAUUUACCCUACAAGAGAGUGCAAUGAAUUUGGUGAUUUUUUCAGCCAGGUCAUAGGGGUUUCUCACCUUUUCCACACUUUCUUCUAUAAGACCACCGGAACGUCCCCCCAUUCCUUCACCCACCCUCUGAGGUCCUAUAAUGCCCUUUUUCUUCCUCUGAACUCAUUACGCCCACAAUGUGCCGUAACACCAAAAGGGCCCUGA